AGAGCGGCGGCCGCAGCCGGAGCCCGAGCGCUGCGCUCCCACCAUGGCCGCCCAGGGCGAGACCGGCUAUCUGGCGGCGCAGUCGGACCCGGGCUCCAACAGCGAGCGCAGCACCGACUCGCCUAUGCCCGGCUCCGAGGACGACCUGGUCGCCGGGGCGCCCUUGCACAGCCCGGAGUGGAGUGAGGAGCGCUUCCGCGUGGACAGGAAGAAACUUGAGGCCAUGUUACAAGCUGCUGCUGAAGGAAAAGGCAAAAGUGGGGAAGACUUUUUUCAAAAGAUCAUGGAGGAAACAAACACGCAGAUUGCUUGGCCAUCAAAACUGAAGAUUGGAGCCAAAUCCAAGAAAGAUCCCCAUAUUAAGGUUUCUGGAAAGAAAGAAGAUGUUAAAGAAGCCAAGGAAAUGAUCAUGUCUGUCUUAGACACAAAAAGCAACCGGGUCACCUUGAAGAUGGAUGUUUCACAUACAGAACAUUCUCAUGUAAUCGGCAAGGGUGGCAACAAUAUUAAAAAAGUGAUGGAAGAAACAGGAUGUCACAUCCACUUUCCAGAUUCCAACAGGAAUAACCAGGCAGAAAAAAGCAACCAGGUAUCUAUAGCAGGACAACCAUCAGGAGUAGAAUCUGCCCGAGUCAGAAUUCGGGAGCUGCUUCCUUUGGUGCUGAUGUUUGAGCUACCAAUCGCUGGAAUUCUUCAACCAGUUCCCGAUCCUAACUCCCCCUCUAUUCAGCACAUAUCACAAACAUACAACAUUUCAGUGUCAUUUAAACAGCGUUCCCGAAUGUAUGGUGCUACUGUCAUAGUCCGAGGGUCUCAGAAUAACACCAGUGCUGUGAAGGAAGGAACUGCCAUGCUAUUAGAACAUCUAGCUGGGAGCCUGGCAUCAGCUAUUCCGGUGAGCACGCAACUAGAUAUCGCAGCUCAACAUCAUCUCUUUAUGAUGGGUCGAAAUGGGAGCAACAUCAAACAUAUCAUGCAGAGAACGGGUGCUCAGAUCCACUUUCCCGAUCCCAGUAAUCCACAGAAGAAAUCUACUGUCUACCUCCAGGGCACCAUUGAGUCUGUCUGUCUUGCAAGGCAAUAUCUCAUGGGCUGUCUUCCUCUUGUGUUGAUGUUUGAUAUGAAGGAAGAAAUUGAAGUAGAUCCACAAUUCAUUGCUCAACUGAUGGAGCAGCUCGAUGUCUUCAUCAGUAUUAAACCAAAGCCAAAGCAGCCCAGCAAGUCUGUGAUUGUGAAAAGUGUUGAGAGAAAUGCCUUAAAUAUGUAUGAAGCAAGGAAAUGUCUCCUCGGACUUGAAAGCAGUGGGGUUACCAUAGCAACCAGUCCAUCCCCAGCAUCGUGCCCCGCCGGCCUGGCAUGUCCCAGCCUGGAUAUCUUAGCUUCAGCAGGCCUCGGACUCACUGGACUAGGUCUUUUGGGGCCCACCACCUUAUCUCUAAACACUUCAACUACCCCGAACUCACUCUUGAAUGCUCUUAAUAGCUCAGUCAGUCCUUUGCAAAGUCCAAGUUCUGGCACCCCCAGCCCCACAUUAUGGGCACCCCCACUGGCUAGUACUUCAAGUGCCACAGGUUUUUCUGCUAUCCCACACCUCAUGAUUCCAUCUACUGCACAAGCCACGUUAACCAAUAUUUUGUUGUCUGGAGUGCCCACCUAUGGUCACACGGCUCCGUCUCCCCCUCCUGGUUUGACUCCUGUUGAUGUCCAUAUCAGUAGUAUACAGACAGAAGGCAAAAAAAUCUCUGCUUCUUUAAAUGGACAUGCACAGUCUCCAAAUAUAAAAUAUGGUGCAAUAUCCACUUCACCACUUGGAGAGAAAGUGCUGAGUGCGAAUCACAGUGAUCCAUCCAGACAAACGACUGGGUCUGAGCAAGCAUCUCCCAAAUCAAGCCCGGCGGAAGGUUGUAAUGAUGCUUUUGUUGAAGUAGGCAUGCCUCGAAGUCCUUCCCAUUCUGCAAGUGCCGGUGACUUGAAACAAAUGAUGGGUCCCUCCAAGGUUUCCUGCAGCAAGAGGCAGACAGUAGAACUAUUGCAAGGCACGAAAAACUCACACUUACAUAGCACUGACCGGUUGCUCUCAGACCCAGAACUGAGUGCUUCAGAAAGCCCACUGACUGACAAGAAGGCUCCUGGGAGUGAGCGUGCUGCAGAGAGGGCGGCAGCCGCCCAGCAGAACUCCGAAAGAGCCCGCCUUACCCCGCGGCCGACAUAUGUCAACAUGCAGGCAUUUGACUAUGAACAAAAGAAGCUAUUAGCAACCAAAGCUAUGUUGAAGAAGCCAGUGGUGACUGAGGUCAGAACGCCCACAAAUACCUGGAGUGGCUUGGGAUUUUCUAAAUCCAUGCCAGCUGAAACUAUCAAGGAGCUGAGAAGGGCCAAUCACGUGUCCUAUAAACCCACAAUGACAACCACUUACGAGGGCUCAUCAAUGUCUCUUUCCCGGUCCAACAGUCGUGAGCACUUGGGAAGUGGAAGCGAAUGUGAUAAUUGGAGAGACCGAAAUGGAAUAGGACCUGCAAGUCAUAGUGAAUUUACAGCUUCUAUUGGCAGCCCCAAGCGUAAACAAAACAAAUCAACGGAACACUAUCUCAGCAGUAGCAAUUACAUGGACUGCAUUUCCUCACUGACAGGGAGCAAUGGGUGUAACCUCAACAGCUCUUUCAAAGGCUCUGACCUCCCUGAGCUCUUCAGCAAACUGGGCCUGGGCAAAUACACAGACGUCUUCCAGCAACAAGAGAUCGAUCUUCAGACAUUCCUCACUCUCACGGAUCAGGAUCUGAAGGAGUUGGGAAUUACUACUUUUGGUGCGAGGAGGAAAAUGCUGCUUGCAAUCUCAGAACUAAAUAAAAACCGAAGAAAGCUUUUUGAACCGCCAAAUGCACGCGCAUCUUUCCUGGAAGGCGGAGCAAGCGGGAGGCUGCCCCGUCAGUAUCACUCAGACGUUGCUAGUGUCAGUGGCCGCUGGUAGCAGUACACUCUAGUCACACGCCCGCCAACUAACUGCAAAGUGCGACACAGGAAACCUGUGAACAGACUUCACUGCACAUCGUCCUCAGCACUCUGGGUGUCUGGUAUCAGGACCAAAGCAUCGUAUUCACACCUGUACCUUGUGCCAAAAAGGAAGGAAAGAGAGAAGAUGUUCUUAUGUCAUUGUACAGAACACCAAAUGUUGAUUUCUUUUUUUAAAUGGCAAUUGGACAGAAUUCGUAAUAGGAGGAUAGUGCUUUUUGGGUUUUUUUUUUUUUUUCUGUUUUUAUUUACGUAUAUAACAUAUGCACUGAUUUUUUUACUUAAAAUGAAGGAUAAAUUGACAUCUGGGAUGCCAGAGAGCAUAGAGGUUAUUUCGUUUGCUUGUUUUGUUUUGGUAUUUGGGAAUUUAAAAAAAUCAAAGAGGAAUUUUCUGGUACUGCUUUAAAGUAAUUAUUGCAAUCUUUCAGCACUUUACACGUUCUGAUUUCUUGUCCUGUGGAAGUUGUCUCUCUCUUACUUUCGUGUCACCUGAUGUAUUGGUACAAAUCAAAUUUAGUCACAUUUUUCUGACUGCAUCAAAUUUUUAUUUGAAACGGUACUGGAUAUUAGUUUCUGUGCAGAAUAUCCUGUGACUUUUGGAAAUGUAAGUGACUCCACUUGGUCCUGGACCAACUCUGUUCAUUUACGUCAGCAUCCUAGAAACACUUCACUCUGCACCUAGUUCACUGUAACAGGUGCCAAGAAAGACCAAAUGGACUUUGCAAUAUUAACCCUUUGCAGUCAUCAUAUGUAGCUGCUGCCUGUAUUGCUAAAAUGAUUUUAAUGGUUGUCUGAAGGCAAAGGGCUAUUUUUAGUAUACUGCCACUAAAGGACAUUUAUUUAUAUCAAACUUUUAUUUUUAGAUAUUAUAAGCAUACAGUACAUAACUGAUUAAAUUGAUAUCUACUGGAGAUUUAUGGUAGAGAAUGGACGGCAUUCAAUAACUGGAGCCCUAGAUUGUCACUUUAUUUAAAAAGAUAAAUAAUCAUUUGACAAGACAGCACUGUUGCCAUUACAAGGAGAAAUAGAUUACCGUCCUUAUCAUGUACAGAUUAAUUAUGCUCCAUGUGAUCACAGGACUUUCCUAAAACCAUAUCUGUCUGCUUGAAGUAGACUUGGGUUUGUUGAGAACGGAAAGGCUUUAUUUAAGUCUCCAGAGUGACGGUUCAUAGGAUGACAUAAAGUUCUGAAGGAAAAAAAAAAAAAAACCUAUUUUUUAAGUGGCUAGACUCAUUGAUACAAUCUUAUACUGUGAAAGUCCAAGAAAUCAGGCAACAUUGUUUCCUGAGUCUUUUCAGACAUCUUAUUAUGAAUUUAUGAAGGGUUUUCAAUCCAUGAAGAAAAUCACAAAGUGCCUCUUUUUAGCAAAGCAAUAUUAUUUCCAAGUAAGUUAAUUUGUUGGAAAACUUUGCCAUAGGAAAUGUUGUGAAUUACCUGUACUGUAUUGCCUUAUUUAUGUUCAGUAUUCAAGACUACCUGGACAUAAACCUCUCUUGUGUGCUCAGCAGAAGGCAUUAGAUAGGCAUAUACAACAGUUGGGGGGUUUUAUACAAAUGUGGAAUAAGAAAUUCUUGCCUGACAUUUUUCCAUGGCUAAGUCUUACCAUUAAUGUAAUAAUAAUUGAAGAGACAUUUUACACAUAGAAAAAAAAGGAUUGGUUAUAUUAAAGGCAUAGACAGUGGGGCUGUCAUAAAAUUAUCAAUCAUAACUGGCACUAAGGAGCUGCCCAUUCUUAAACUGUAUCUGCUUAGCGAGGUAGAACCAAAUUACUCCCUUUGCAAGUACAAUGGGAUAAUCCUGUGCACGUGUACACAGAUGAUCACGUGGCGCUCCCUGCCUUACGCAGUUGUAAGAACGCAUCACAGUGUAUGUUCAACACGAGAUAAUAAUUUUCCAUUAGCUUCCUGUUCAACAGGUCCCCCAGUGCUCUACAUUUUACUUAUUCUUUAAUAUGACCUUUCCGGAUAAAUAAUCAUCACUUGGAGCUCUUUUCCUACCUCUCUACCCUGCAUUUGGAACAGGAGGGAGAUGGAACGAAUAUGCAGUAUUAAAUUGAGAUAGGUUUAUGAACAGUGCUUUGAAACUAUGCCAAAGGGAAAACUGUCCCAAUUAAUCUAGAUUAAAUAGGGUGGCUAAAAACAAAUAAAAACACUGGAAAUUACUUUAUCUCACUUUCUCUUGAUGCAAUGAAGGGAAUAUGACACUACAGUGUAUGGUGUUGUCAGUGUUAUAUGAUGCACAAAAUAUUUGGAUUAUUUGCAUAAAUAUUAGUUUUUAAUCAAUCUGUGCCUUAAUAGUGACCGGUUAUCUGUAAAUAGAGAACAGAUACAGAUUGUAUUUUUGUGUGGGUUUUUGUCCUCUUAGUGAUUUAUCUUUUUUUAAUGAGAAAUGGAACUAAACAUUGAAAAUGGGAAUUUUUUCUAAUCAAUUGUUACAUAAAAAAUAAAUUUAUAUAACCCCUUUGUAUUGCCCUUGCUAGAUGAAAUGUGUCUUCUUUUUUUAAAAAAUCUUUACACAUAAACUCCAUGUUGUUUUCUAAGAAAACUUAUUUUUCUGUUUUCAGCAGAGUUGAAAAACGUCUGCAGUAGAAUUGGACUUGCCCUCUCGGUCGUGUGGUUUUGCACUGACAGCCCUCACUUUCAGCCAGGAGCUGGGGCACUUUAUUUUAGCCAGGGAAUCCAGGACUAGUAAUCAGUCAUUCUUUCUCUGGCCACCCAUAAAAUAGGUACAUACAAAAAAGAGUAACGUUAUGAGACAGGAUUAUUAUUAUUUCUUUCUUUUAUGAAGACUCAGGUGUGUGACCGCUUUCACAGCCUCAUCCAUCAGCAGAGGAGCUCCGUGCUGAAGCGGCGCUGGGCUUUUGACCCAGGUUCCCCUUUAAGAGACUGACCGUGCAGUUACAGUGCUAGGCACUGAGAUUCUGAGGGAACUCAUUCUGAAACAAAAUUGAUACCAUAAUAUCAGCCCUGAGAAGCAGUGUACAAAUCACUGGACAUAGUACAUGGCACAUAGUAAGCAAUGAAUCAAUUAAAAUCAGUUGCCAUCGAGCCGACUUUGACUCAUGGCAGCCCUGUGUAUGUCAGAGUAGAACUGUGAUCCACAGGGUUUUUGAUUGCUGAAUUUUCAGAAGUAGAUUGCCAGGCCUUUCUUCGGAGGUGCCGCUGGGUAGACUAGAACCUCCAACCUUUUAAUUAGCAGCUGAGCACAUUAAUCACUUGCACCACUCAGGGACUCGAUAGCAGUUACUGUUGUUAAUAACUGGUUUUACUUUCCCUGCUUAGGCCUCUCUUUGCCCUUUCAGGAAUUUUCACUGUGUUCGUCUGCCUUCUGCAUCAGAAACGGAGAGACUGUUUCCUGUGCCAGAGUGCUUAGUCAUUAGGAAGAUAUAAACUCCAGUCUCAAAGACCUCCUCUCCUGACUGAU